UUUGCCAUAAUCGUAUUGCCCUUCUUGUCGUUACGUCUUCUCCAACUCUCUCUGAAGUUUCUGAGCCACAGCAACCAUGGCGUCUCUGCUAGCCAACGGAAUCUCCAGCUUCUCUCCCCAAGCCGCAACCGAACCGCCCAAGUUCCCGAAGGGGGUUCACCCAAAGCUCGAUUCUUUGAAGCUUUCGGGUCAGAAAACCCCUGCUCCGAAAAGGGUCUUCCGGGUGCGAGCAGAUGUCGGGUACGACCCAAAACCAAUUGAAUCCGAUUCGGGCACCUCAGGUAAGCUUUCGAUUGAGGAAUUUCUUCGCAAUCGCGAGUACGAUAAGAAAUUUGGGUUUAAUAUCGAUAUAGAUUCGUUUUCGAUUCCGAAGGGGCUUUCUAGGGAGACGAUUAGGUUGAUUUGGACGCUGAAAGGCGAGCCUGAUUGGAUGCUUGAAUUUAGAUUGAAUGCUUUUGAGAAGUUUUUGACUAUGAAGGAGCCCCAAUGGUCUGAUAAUCGAUACCCUGCCAUUAAUUUCCAAGAUAUGUGUUAUUACUCUGCACCCAAGAAGAAACCCACUUUGAAGAACCUCGAUGAGGCGGACCCGGAGCUUCUUAAGUACUUUGAUAGGUUGGGAGUGCCGUUGAAUGAGCAGAAUCGAUUGGCCAAUGUUGCGGUGGACGCAGUUCUUGAUAGUGUGUCGAUAGCCACCACACAUAGGAAGGCUUUGGAGGAAAAAGGUGUGAUCUUUUGUUCGAUAUCGGAGGCUAUUAGGGAGUACCCGGAUUUAGUUAGGAAGCAUUUGGGUAGAGUGGUGCCUACUGGGGAUAAUUAUUAUGCUGCCUUGAACUCUGCGGUGUUUAGUGAUGGAUCAUUUUGUUACAUACCAAAGGACACUAAAUGCCCGAUGCAGAUUUCAACUUACUUUCGGAUAAAUGCAUUGGAGACGGGGCAGUUUGAGAGGACUCUGAUAGUGGCUGAUGAUAGGAGUUUUGUGGAGUAUUUGGAGGGGUGUACUGCGCCAUCAUAUGAUACAAACCAGCUUCAUGCUGCAGUGGUAGAGUUGUAUUGUGGUGAGGGGGCGGAAAUUAAGUACUCCACAGUGCAGAAUUGGUAUGCCGGGGAUGAGCAAGGGAAGGGCGGGAUUUAUAAUUUUGUUACCAAGCGAGGGCUUUGUGCUGGGGCUCGCUCGAAAAUAUCUUGGACCCAGGUGGAGACAGGGUCUGCAAUUACUUGGAAAUAUCCGAGUGUUGUUUUGGAGGGCGAUGAUUCUGUGGGCGAGUUUUAUUCAGUCGCUUUGACUAAUAAUUAUCAGCAGGCAGACACAGGUACAAAGAUGAUACACAAGGGCAAAAAUACAAGAAGUAGAAUUAUUUCAAAGGGCAUAUCAGCUGGGAAUUCAAGGAACUGUUAUCGGGGCCUCGUGCAGGUUCAAUCCAAGGCAGAGAAUGCUAAAAAUUCCUCACAGUGUGAUUCAAUGCUUAUUGGAGAUACUGCGGCUGCCAACACCUACCCAUACAUCCAGGUAAAGAAUCCCACAGCUCGAAUCGAACACGAAGCAAGUACCUCCAAAAUUGGUGAAGACCAGCUAUUCUACUUUCAACAAAGGGGAAUCGAGUAUGAGAAAGCCAUGGCCGCUAUGAUAUCUGGGUUUUGCCGGGAUGUAUUCAACGAGCUCCCUGACGAGUUUGGGUCUGAAGUGAACCAAUUGAUUGGCUUGAAGCUUGAAAAUUCAGUGGGUUAGAAAACAGCACUGGUUUAGGUAAAUAAGCUCAGUCGAUGAAGGUUCGAUCUUUUUGUCAAAACGGGUUAAAAAUCCGAGCAGUUUGCAAAGACGUUUUAACUUGAUAGCUCUGUUGUGAAAUGGCUAGAAUAUGGACAGUAUAUGUACAUAGAUAUUUGUUGUAAAUGUGUAUGCUCAGCUGUCAAAAUACACAAUGUAACGUAACGCAUAACAUUAGUAAUGAUUGUUAUAAAUUGAGUUUAAGGUUA